AUGUCAACACCUUUGCCCCUUUUCCUGGAUAAUGAUGAACCCAAAAGACUUUCUCUUACCCGCAAGCUUGUCUUGUUAGUUAUGUUUAGUCUUACUCAAUUCAUAGAUAUCGUGAAUAUCUCGGCUCUCUUAUCUGCGGUCCCUGCACUUGAGGCGUCCACGGGUAUGACUGAAAUUCAAUCCACUUGGGUAUUUAGCGGAUUCCGAUUAACUUUUUCAUCAUUCCUGCUUAUCAGUGGCCGUCUCAGUGAUGUAUACAACUCAAAAAUUAUAUUCAUCGGAGGAACAUCAAGUCUUGGCAUUCUCUCGCUGUGCGCAGGGUUUGUUAACGCCACAGUCCCUUUCCUUAUUCUCAGAGCAAUGGCUGGAAUAGCUUCUGCAAUGACUAUUCCCUCUGCCCUAAAGCUCCUGGUCAAGGUAUUCCCAGACCCUCUCGAACAAGCUCGGGCAGUAGGGUUCUUCGCAGGAUGCGGUGCGGUGGCCAACGGUGAGCAUCUUGCAUAUCGUAAGCCGACCCUCAUGGUUCUUUACAUAGUGAGCGGUCUUGUGAUCGGUGCAAUGUUCGUUCAAUGGGCGUCUUACCAUUGGGUUUUUUGGUCUGUUGCAUGCGCGGCUUUUCCGGUGGCUCUGGUUUGUAUCUUCAUGAUACCAGCACAUAUCGGGAAGACUACAGGCAUUCAUAAGCCCAAAGCGGCGAAGUGGAAACAUCUUGAUUUAGUUGGCGUAAGCAUCUUGACUGUUGCCUUCAUCUUAUUCAUUUUCGCCGUGACAUCCGGUUCCACUGAUGGUUGGAAAUCCCCGGUAGUAUUGAUCUUCCUAAUCGUUUCGAUUGGGAUGGUAGUUGGGUUUUUCUACUGGGAAACACUUUUACCUGUGGACCAAGCUGCCAUACCACCACGGACAUGGUUCUACAACAACUUCUCUGUUCUGUUCGCCACUGCACUUUUGCCAUCUUUAUGGUGGAGUGGGGUUAUGUUUAUUUUUAGCAUCAUGUGGCAAGAUGUGUUCCAUUGGUCCGUGAUGUCGACAGCCGUCCACAUGUUGCCACUUGGUAUCGUAGCAUCCGCUGCGAGCUGCACGGGAUCACUUUCUCGCAUCUACAGCCCGAAGUGGAUUAUUCUUAUCGGUCUAUCGUUGUGCAUAGUCGCCACCCUAUUGCUAGCGCUUGGCGGGGGAAAGCCCGAAAACUAUUGGCCGUAUGUGUUCCCAGCAUUUGUACUCGGCAGCGCCGGAGUCAUGGUGGCUUUUUCACAUACGAACAUUGCCAUUUUCCAAGCAGCGCCUUCAUCCAUGUCAGGCACAGUUGGUGCCAUGUUCAACGGCGCUCUUCAAUUUGGAUCCGCAAUCGGCCUCGCUGCUAUAACCUCGAUAGAGACAUCCGUGGAGGCCACUCAUGGGGGUUCCUACGAGUACGCCGGAAGAGCUGCGUCGUUUUGGUUCCUCCUUGGAAUUGUCGCUCUCCAAUUCAUUUUGAUAGCAAUCUUUUACGACCGCAGUACGGACCACAAACCCCAACCAAAGUAUGACGACCCCACGAAUUCUAUAUCACACAAGACGACGACCUGCAGCGAAAAGCCCAACGAUACGAAUGUAAACGCCGCGAUCGAAGUAAACUAA